AUGUACAAGACGGAGCUGUGCAACAAGUGGGAGGAGAGCGGGGCGUGCCUGUACGCCGACCAGUGCCAGUUCGCGCACGGCAUCGCCGAGCUCCGCCCCAUCAUCCGCCACCCGCGCUACAAGACCCAGGUCUGCCGCAUGGUCAUCGGCGGCGGCCUCUGCCCCUACAGCUACCGCUGCCACUUCCGCCACUCCAUCACCCCUGCCGACUACUUCCCCCUUCUCCACCCCUGA